AUGCACCAUCAUCAGCAUCAGCAUCAGCACGGUAAUUAUAAUAAUAAUAAUCACGCCGCGGCAAACAACUCAUACUCUUCCUGGCAAUCCUCGUACUCUUUAAACGCGUUACCUUUAUCCCCGACGGUACGAGCAAAACUUCAAUUUUGCGGGUUUAACGCCGUCCAAGAUGUCCUCAGACACCACUCGUUACCGGUACAACUGGUAAAAUCCGUGCCGUCUUUAACGCUGGAUGAAGCGCAGGACGUGCUGAAAGCGUGCAGAUGUGGACUUGAUGGGUUCGCCUUGCGUGGGGCAAAAUCAGCCUCGGAACUGUUGAAGAAAGAACAAGAGCGAAUACCACUGAUGACGUUUUGCGCUCAAGUGGACGGGAUUUUAGGCGGGGGCGUACAAACAGGAGAGAUAACGGAGUUUUGUGGCGCCCCUGGAGUAGGGAAGACACAAAUCGGGAUGCAGUUGGCGGUGUCGGUGCAACUGCCGAAAGAAUUUUUCUGCGGGAACGAAGGCGAGUGCGUCUACGUGGAUACCGAGGGGAGUUUUACGUGCGACCGGUGCGAGGAUAUGGCGAUUGGCGCGAGGAGGAAAUUGGAAGAAAGAGUGCAAGAAAUGCGAUGUUCGGAGGAGGAGAGGAGAGAGUACGAGGAGUGUUUAGAGAGCAAUAUGUUUUCUGUGGAUUCGAUUUUAAAGAGGAUACACGUGUUCAGGUGUCACGAGGUGACGGAGUUGUUGGCGUGUUUGGAUCACAUGCCGGAGUUUGUCAAGGAGCAUCCAAAGGUGAAACUCGUGGUCGUGGAUUCGAUUGCGUUUCAUUUUCGACAAGAUUUCGACGACAUGGCGUUGAGAGCGUCGAUUUUAGCGAAAACGACGAACAAUUUGAUGAGUUUAGCGAAGAAACACGAAUUAGCCGUGGUGACUAUAAAUCAAGCGACGACGAAACCAGGGGGCAGGUUGGCGCCGGCGUUAGGGGAGUCAUACGCGCACGCGGCGACGACGAGAGUCGCGUUAUCAUGGGGCGAGGAAGGAACUAGGAUUGCAUACGUGGCGAAGAGCCCGAGGUUGGCGAAUAGGAAAGCGAUGUAUACGAUUACCAGAGAUGGCGUGAGAGAUGUGGUACACGCUGCGAGCAAGCGGAAAAAAUUCACCUAA